AUAUAUACCCCUCCAUACCCAAAUCUAGCCUAAACACCCUCCUCUUUAUUCUUCCCAGAACAGUUCAAGGUCAAACUUGUUCUUCUCCGCCGGCCCCUUCAGAUCUGUCUCUCUCUAUCUCUCUUAAGAUUUGUGCAACCUUGUGUGGAGAGAGAGAAAAGUUGAAGCUUGGCUUUUGAUAAGGGAAGUUUGACUUCUUCAGCAUUGAUAUAAUUGUUACAAGAUGUGCACUUCUGGUCAUCAUCAUACCAAAAUGCAGAAUUUUUGUUGUCUUUUGCAUUUGAAUGGACGCCAAGAAAUUUAUACAAUUGGUGGAGGAGAAAAAGAAAAGGGCUUUGGAGAAGAACGAAGCUCGGUUGAAAUGGGAGGAGAAGCUUGAAGCGGCAUCAAAGGCAUGGGAAGAUGCUAAAGCCAAAGAGAAGAAGGUGAAAGCUUCGAAGAACAAGAGGAGAUCCGAGUCAGAAUCUGAUAGUGAGAGUGAAAGUGAUGGUGGUAGAAAAGCCGUGAAAAGGUCUCACAAGAGGCAUAAAAGGCACCAUCACCACUCUUCUGAUGACGAAGAUGACAACAAUUCGAAGAGGCGACACCACAAAAGGCAUCACAAGCGUCAUCGACGAUCACAUUCUUCUGGCAGUGAGGAAUCUUCUAGCGAUGACGAUGACGGUGCUGGGAGAAGAAGACAUCAUGCUAAGCAUCACAGGCAUCAUCAGCGUCGCAGGCAGUUGGACUCGAGUGCUUCCGAGUCUUCUGAUGAGGACCAUCAUAAGAGAGGUCAUGGAAGGCACCGCAGCAGCAAGCAUCACCACCGCUCUCACAGUCAUGAUGAUUCAACAUCAUCGGACACUGAAGGCUAUAAACGGGACAGAAGUAGAUCCCUAAGCAAGUCGGCUGAUGAAAUCGAUGAUUCUGACAGGAACGAGAAGCAGCACAAGAAGAAUCAUCAUCAUCACCGUCAUGGGCAUCGCCAUCACAGUAGUCAUAACAGCCAUAAACAACAGCAGCAGGAGCAGGAUGGGGCAUCUGAUGAUAAUAAACAGCAUGAGUCAGAGUGAGUGAGUGGAUGCUUAGGGGUCUGGUCUCUCUGCUAAUUCACAUCAUCACUGCUUUUUUAUUCAUCACCAAACUCUUUACUAUUGACAUAUGUAUUUCUGCUUCCUUUAUUAAUUUGUACUAUUUGGAAACAUUAACAUUUAACAUGUUAUUGUGUUGGUAUUACUUCAAUAGAAUUGUCAAGUGUGGGAAAUGGCAACGGGUAUAACUCAUAUCUUAUCAAAUGUGAGAAUAAAGUCUCAACAUUUAAAAUA